GGCGUGGACCAGCGCUGCAGCACGAUGGCGGACCAGCUUUAUCUGGAGAAUAUAGAUGAGUUCGUCACGGACCAGAACAAGAUCGUGAGGAGCUAGGACUGGGGAAUGUGGGCGUGCGAGCGGGGUCUUGGGCCCGGCCAGGGCAGCGGGGCCCUUGACUCCUGUGCUUGUAGCCUCGUGGGGAUUGGACGAGGGGAGGUGACAUACAAAUGGCUGAGCUAUACGCUAGGGGUUCAUGUUAACCAGGCCAAACAGAUGCUAUAUGAUUAUGUCGAAAGGAAACGGAGGGAAAAUUCAGGAGCCCAACUGCAUGUCACCUAUUUAGUGUCUGGUAGUAUCAUUCAGAAUGGACAUUCCUGCCACAAGGUUGCAGUAGUGAGAGAAGAUAAAUUGGAAGCAGUGAAGUCCAAGCUAGCUGUGACUGCCAGCAUCCAUGUGUACAGCAUCCAGAAAGCUAUGCUAAAGGACAGUGGGCCUCUGUUCAAUACUGACUAUGACAUCCUUAAAAGCAACUUGCAGAACUGCAGCAAAUUUAGUGCCAUACAAUGUGCAGCUGCGGUCCCUAGAGCUCCCACAGAAUCCUCAUCUUCUAGCAAUUUUGAACAGUCCAAUCUUCAGGCAUCCAGUGAGACACAAGCCAGUAAUGAGCUGACAACCAAUGGUCAUGGCCCACCUGCCUCCAAACAGGCUUCCCAGCAGCCCAAGGGAAUUAUGGGAAUGUUUGCCUCCAAAGCUGCUUCUAAAAGCCAAGAUACAAACAAGGAGACCAAAAUAGAGACUAAAGAAGUAACAAAUGCAUCUUCAACAGGCAGCAAAGUACCAGGAAAGGGGAAUGUGAUGAGCAAUUUUUUUGGAAAAGCUGCUAUGAAUAAACUUAAAGUCAAUUUGGAUUCAGAACAAGCUGUGAAAGAAGAAAAAAUAGUGGAGCAACCUCAAGUGCCUGUCACUGAACCAAAACUGGCAACUCCUGCAGACCUGAAGAAAUCCAGCAAAAAAGCAGAGCCUGUUAAGAUGCAGCAGAAGGAAAAAAAAUGGGGGAAGCGAGUAGAUUUAUCUGAUGAUGAAACAAAGGAAACUGAAAUCAUGAAGAAAAAGAGGCGAAGAAUCAAACUUCCUCAGUCUGAUAGCAGUGAAGAUGAAGCGUUCCCAGACUCUCCUGGGCCUUAUGAAGCUAAGUCACCGUCCCCACCUCCUCCUGUAUCUCCAUCUCCUGAUCCCGUACGGAAGUCUGAGCCUGAACCUGAGCCUCCUUCUGUCAAGAGUUCAAGUGGAGAAAACAAAAGAAAACGAAAACGUGUACUGAAAUCUAAAACAUUUUUGGAUGAGGAAGGCUGCAUAGUAACUGAAAAAGUUUACGAGAGUGAAUCUUGCACAGAUAGUGAAGAAGAGCAUAAGACGAAGACAUCCUGUGUCCAAAGACCUCCUGCCAUGACUGUGAAAAAAGAGCCAAAAGAGGAACGAAAGGGCCCCAAAAAAGGGACUGCUGCUCUGGGCAAAGCCAACCGACAAGUGUCCAUUACUGGCUUCUUCCAGAGGAAAUAACUGCUAUUUCUGGCAGGUCAAAGACUUGGAGUGGUCAAGGGAGAAGACCAAGAAAUAUAAACGCUCUCACUUACUAUGUAAGUUCAUCUAGCUCCUCACCUCACCAGUAUCAAAAGACUAUGCUUCUAACCUGUGAGGUUUAUAUUAUUUCUGGUUUUUUAACCAAAAGAGUCAUCUGGAAGCAGGAGGCAAAAGGAUAUUUAAAAAGCUGUUACCUUCUAAUGACAUUUUUAAAGCACAAUCUUUGACCUGUCUAGGACAAUUCACUUCAAAAUUAAUUUGACAGGUUUCAUAAUUACCCACUGUGCCCCACUCACCCUGUACCCUGUUCCUCUUAGGGUUCAGGAAGUGUUCCUUCUUGUUCCUCUGUGUUCCGUGAACUUGUGUGGAUGUUUUUAUCCCUGAAUUCUACUGGAUGUGUUUACUACUUCCUGUGUUCUCCUCUCCCCACUACCACAUUUCUAUCCCCUCGCCUCAUAAAGCUGUUUUCUGUAAAUCUUAAAUCUUGGUUGGACUAAAAGCUGAAACAAAAAUCA